UCCUAACUGCCAUCUUACACUCACAGGCUUCAGAUCUUCUGACCUAAUAUAGACCUUUGUUCCAAUACCUAUCUCACACUAUCCUCCAGCCGCAAGCUCAGUCAUGGAAGCAAACAUUCCACAUAUCAAUUUCUUCGGGUCCACGUCCUGUGGCGUUGAGAGGCUCCACAUCGCCGGUACCGGUCUUCUCUUGGCCGGAGACGCGGACUCAGCGGACUCGUUCUCUUCAAACCGGAAGCUUUCGGUGUCUCGGUACAAAGGAGUGGUGCCGCAGCCUAACGGCCGAUGGGGUGCUCAAAUUUAUGAGAAGCACCACAGGGUCUGGCUGGGGACAUACGGGACGGAGUCGGAGGCCGCCAGGGCCUAUGAUGUAGCUGCGCUCAGGUUCAGGGGGAAGGAUGCAGCCACCAACUUCAAGAACUCGCCGGAAAAUGAGCUCGAGACCUGGUUCUUGGGCUCACAUUCAAAGGCGGAGGUCGUGGACAUGCUCAGGAGGCACACGUAUCAGGAAGAGUUCUCGAUUGCCAGCCAGAAUAGGAAGAAAAUUGCAGGCACCACUGGUGUCACGUCUGCCCGACCGGGAUUGAGCUCAGAGUCCAAGCGGCGGGAAGAGCUGUUCAGCAAGGCGGUCACACCUAGCGACGUCGGCCGGUUGAACAGGUUGGUGAUCCUAAAACAGCACGCGGAGAAGUAUUUGCCGGCGGCAAAGCAAGAAGCUAUGCUGCUGACGUUCGAAGACGAAGGCGGCCGGGUGUGGAGGUUCAGGUACUCUUACUGGAAGAGCAGCCAUAGUUAUGUAUUCACUAGAGGAUGGAGCAGGUACGUGAAGGAAAAGAAGCUCAGAGCAGGGGAUGUAGUGGCAUUUGCAAGGUCCACCGGUGCAGAAAAGCUGUAUUACAUAAGUUGCACAUCAAGCUCAUCAGCUGCAGAGAAGGUGCAUCAUGCUCCAUUAUUGCAGCAGAGCCCCGUAACGUCGGAACUAGAGGUGCCACCAUCACCGCCGGCAGAGGCAAUGGUGGCGGUACUGCCGCAAAAACUGGUCAGGCUUUUUGGGGUUGAACUAUCCAGCAGUAGUACUAGUACUCCUCAGCCUUAUGGUUGCAGAAGAAACUGCAAGAGGAUGAGGGAGCAGGAAUUGACUGGCAGUGAGUGCUGUAGCAAGCAGAGGAUAUUAGGCCUUUGUCUCUCAUGUUGAAUUGAAUAGCUUUGUAAUAACAAAAAUGGCGAAUAUAAGUGUUUUUCUUUUCGAUCUUUGCCCAG